GCUAAUGCACACCAGAAGGUUGCUUGGAAACCGCCAUUAAACCAAAGAAGAAGAAAAAGAGGAAGAAGCAGAAGCAGAUGAACGCCAAGGUGUCGCAAGUGUAAAGAAGCAGAGCAUCUUCCAGUUGAGUGCCAAGAAGACGCAAAUAUGGGCAAGCGUCAGCAUCAGAAAGACAAAAUGUACAUCACGUCUACGGAGUACACCAACUUCUAUGGCGGCAAGCGGGCAGAAAUUCCACGAUCAAACUUUAGACGACUUCCGUUUGAUCACUGCAGCUUGUCACUGCAGCCCUUCCUGUAUCCUGUCUGCACCUGCGAGGGUGUGGUCUUUGACCUGUUGAGCAUUGUUCCAUGGAUCAAGAAGUACGGCACUAAUCCCAUAUCUGGAGAGAAACUAGAGGCCAAGUCGCUCAUCAAGCUCAACUUUGCCAAGAACAACGAAGGAAAAUAUCACUGUCCUGUUUUGUACUCGGUUUUCACCAACAAUUCUCACAUCAUCGCCAACAAGGUCACUGGCAACGUCUUCUGUAAUGAGGCUGUAGAGCAACUCAACAUCAAGACCAAAAGCUUCAAAGAUCUGCUGACAGAUGAACCUUUCACCAGAAAAGACCUGAUCACACUUCAGGAUCCCACCAACCUGGACAAGUUCAACGUGGCCAACUUCUUCCACGUGAAGAACGAUCUGAAAGUUGUGGAUCCAGGCGAGGAGAAGGCCAAGCAGGACCCUUCCUACCACCUCAAGACCACCAACCUGGAGACCCGAGAGACCUUAGCAGAGCUCUACAAGGACUACAAGGGGGACCAGCUCCUGGCCUCCACUAUGAAAGAGCCAGAAGCCAAGAAGACGGACAAACUCAACAUGGCGCACUACUCCACAGGCAGGGUGGCCGCCUCCUUCACGUCCACGGCCAUGACACCUGCCACCACAAACUCAGCAGACGCCAUCGCAGACGACACGGUGCGUUACAGCUACGUGAAGAAAAAAGGCUACGUCCGCCUCCACACCAACAAAGGCGACCUGAACCUGGAACUACACUGUGACAAGGUUCCCAAGGCGGGGGAGAACUUCCUGGGUUUGUGUAAGAGGGGCUACUAUGAUGGCACACUUUUCCACAGAUCCAUCCGCAACUUCAUGAUACAAGGAGGGGACCCCACCGGCACCGGCACAGGGGGGGAAUCUUUCUGGGGAAAACCUUUCCAGGACGAGUUUCGACCCAACCUAUCCCACACGGGUCGAGGGAUUCUCAGCAUGGCCAACUCUGGUCCCAACACCAACAAGUCUCAGUUCUUCAUCACAUUCCGCUCAUGCGCCUACCUGGACAGGAAGCACACUGUGUUUGGAAGAGUGGUGGGGGGCUUUGAAGCACUGACAGCCAUGGAGAACGUGGAGAGCGACACUAAAACAGACAAACCAAAGUCUGAGAUCAAGAUCAUCAGUGCCAGUGUCUUUGUGGACCCCUACGAAGAGGCAGAUGCCCAGGUGGGUGGUCAUGACUUGUGUCAACUUUGGCAAUGGAACAUGACUUGUUGUGGCAGCUUUGGCAAUGGAAUAUGACUUGUGGCAAUGCAACAUGACUUUUU